AUGAAACAGUGCGCCACCAUGGCGACUAUGAGCGAGUAUAUACAACAAACGGAGGCCAACGACGGCAUUCGUUUUUCAUGGAACGUUUGGCCAGCAUCCCGUCUCGACGCUGCUCAGCUCAUUGUCCCGGUUUCCUGUCUCUACACACCCAUGAAGGAGCGUGCCGACUUUCCGCCUGUCAUGUAUGAUCCCGUGGUCUGCUCCCGAUGUCGUGCUAUUCUGAAUCCCUUUUGCCAGGUUGAUCUACGAACUAAAGCCUGGGUAUGCUGUAUGUGCGCCUGCAGGAACACUUUUCCACCUCAGUACGCUGGCAUGACAGAGCAGAAUCUGCCAGCUGAACUGAUGCCACAAUUCACCACGCUGGAAUACACUAUAACGCUUUUGUUGGAUCAAGAGUCCCCGCCGGAGUCCAAACUGGUUAUAGUUGGAAAACGGAGAAAACCCGAGACCUCAACCGGCUGGAGCCUAAGGUCUGCGGAGCUCCACACUAAUAUUUUCAUUCCUGCAUUCUUUCAGAAGGCACCUGUGACGCCCAUGAUCUUUCUCUAUGUCAUGGACACCUGCCUUGAGGAGGCUGAAUUCUCCAACCUGAAGAGUGCAAUUCAGCAGUCGAUUGCAACGCUGCCACCCUCAACUCUAGUCGGUCUCAUUACCUUUGGACGAAUGGUACACAUUCACAGACUCAACAGCGGCCCCAUCGCUAAGUCCUGGGUUUUCAAAGGCACCAAGGACUACACGGGAGCCCAAAUUCAGGUAGGUCUGUCUGACUGA